GCCAGGAGAAGGGCGCACCGCUCCCAUUGGCCCGGAAGGGGUUCAGGUGCUGGCUGCCCUUUGGGCUCGGGGCAGAGACCAAGAGUUCUCACGAGGGCGGGCAAACCGCAGCGCCUUGUCCUCGCCGUCGCCUUGCACCCGCGCACGCUGCGCCCCUGCGAGUUCCUGCCGCGCACGCUUGCGCUCGGCCAUGGGCGCCGCAGGCUCGUCGGUGCUGGCCCGCUUCCGCCUCCCCACGCAAUCCCGGCCCGGGUGGCUCGGGGUCGCCGCCGUGGGUCUGGCAGCAGUGGCGCUGGGGGCCGUGGCCUGGCGCCGCGCGCGGCCCGGGCGGCGCCGGCGCCUGCAGCAGGUGGGCACCGUGGCGCAGCUCUGGAUCUACCCGGUCAAGUCCUGCAAAGGGGUGCCGGUGAGCGCGGCGGAGUGCACGGCCAUGGGGCUGCGCAGCGGCCACCUGCGGGACAGGUUUUGGCUUGUGGUCAAUGAAGAGGGCAACAUGGUUACCGCUCGCCAGGAACCUCGCCUGGUUCUGAUCUCCCUGACCUGUGACAGUGACACCCUGACUCUCAGCGCAGCGUACACAAAGGACCUGGUGCUGCCCAUCAGAACACCCACCACCAAUGCAGUGCGCCAGUGCAGAGUGCAUGGCCUGGAUGUCCCGGGCAGGGACUGUGGCGAGGCAGCGGCACAGUGGGUCACCAGUUUCCUCAAGUCGCAGCCCUACCGCCUGGUGCACUUCGAGCCCCAGAUGUGCCCGAGGAAGUCUCACCAGCUCAAGCACGUCUUCCGGCCCUCGGAUGAGGUUGCGUACUCAGAUGUCAGCCCGUUCCUGAUCCUUUCUGAGGCAUCCUUGGCAGAUCUCAACUCCAGGCUACAGAAUAAAGUUAAGGCAGCUAACUUCAGACCCAAUAUUGUCAUAUCAGGAUGUGGUGUGUAUGCAGAGGAUUCUUGGGAUGAGCUGCUUAUUGGCGACGUGGAACUGAAACGGGUGAUGGCUUGUUCCAGGUGCAUUUUAACCACCGUGGACCCGGACACUGGAAUCAUGAACAGGAAAGAGCCACUGGAAACACUGAAGAGUUACCGCCAGUGUGACCCUGCUGAACAAAAGUUAUAUGGAAAAUUACCUCUCUUCGGGCAGUAUUUUGUUCUGGAAAACCCAGGGACAGUCAAAGUGGGAGAUCCUGUGUACCUGCUGGGCCAGUAAGGGGAAUCUGAAAUAUCAGAUACCUUCAAAAAAUGUCCUCAAAAAUGGAAGCACUUCUGAGUGAACUAAGCCAGUCCCAAAGGGACAAAUAUCAUAUGUUCCCCUGAUCGGUGACAACUAACUGAGCACCAAAGGGGAAACCUGUUGAAGUGAAAUAGACACUAUGAGAAACAGUGACUUGAUCAGCUCUUGUCCUGACUGUUGAUGUACAAUGUAAUACUUUAUCCAUUUUAGUAUUUUUUUGUUCUAGUACCAUUGGUUGAACUCUGUAAUUAACACACAAUUAUUCUUAGGUGUUUAAAUUUUAACUGAAAAGUGAUCCCUGUUAGAAAUUUAGAAACCAUUAUGCUGAGUGUAAUAAGCCAAUCCCAAAGGGACAAAUACCACUUGUUCUCCUUAAUAGGUGACAACUAACUGAGCACCAAAAAGGAAACCUGUUAAAGUGAAAUGAACACUAUGAGAAACGGUGACUUGAUCAGCCCUCACCCUGACUGUUGAUGAGCAACUUGAUAUGUUAUCCCUCUUAGUAUUUUUUUUGUUUGUUCUACUUAAUACCUUUGGUUGAAUGCUGUAAUCAAUACACAAUUCUUCUUAAGUGCUGAAACUUAACUGAAAAGUGAUGGCUGUUAAAUGUAAGAGUGGGAAUAAGAGAGGGAAGAGAUGUGCAAUUCGGGACAUGUUCAAGCUGACUUACCUCAAACGGUAGAGUUAGAAACAUACCAGGGGAUUCCAAUUCAAUCCUAUCAAGGUGGCAUGUACCAAUGCCAUCCCACUAGUCCCAGUGAUCAAUUUCUGUUCACAAUUGAUCAUAAUGAUAGGACUAAGAACCAAAGGGAUCACAUAAACAAAAAUAGUGUCUGCAAAUACUAGCUGAUAGAAUAAAAAAGGGAGAGAAUGAUCCAACAUGGGAAGUGAGAUACACAGCAAACCCAUAGAAUGGCAGAUGUCCUAAACAGCACUCUGGCCUCAGAAUCAGCCCUUAAGGCAUGCAGAUCUGGCUGAAAAGCCCAUGAAACUAUUUCAGGCAUGGAAAGCCAAGACACUCUGGGAGGG